AACGUCGUCGCCUUAUACCUGCACGCGACGAGAGCUUGUUUGGACGAAACUGUUGCGAACGUGUGCCUUGUAACGACGUCACAAACGACACGCUCACGUCACAACUAGAAGCCCGCGGUGACGCAAACCAUGAGGUCGACUCUGUCGGUUGUGACUAUCAUCGGCAUUCUGUCGUUUCAGGUGAGUUUAGCAGAUGAUCAAGGUCAUUGUGUCUGGUACGGACAAUGUGGCAUCGGACCGACCGGCAAAGCAGUGAAUUGCUACUACAACGGCACAGCCAAACGAGUUCUAGACGACGCAGAGAAUGGAGAGAAGAUGCUAGCAACACUCAAGACCUUCUGUCCUAAUCUCUACGACGGACACGACACGGCCACGUGCUGCAGUUACGACCAAUUCCAGGCUUUGGUCUCCAACAUGCAAUAUCCGGCCCCGAUGUACAGUCGAUGUCCAUCCUGCUGGCAGGACUAUCGAGAUCUCUUCUGUGCAUCGACAUGUGACCCUCACAUGUCGAAAUUUAUUCAAGUCCAGAGAACCAAUGAGUCGUCACAGCCGCCAUUUUGUAGUCACCCCCCUUGUCAGAUUUUGAAAAUCGGGUACUAUCUCACGCCCGAGUAUGCGAACACGUUGUACAACGCUUGCGAUCACGUCCAGUUUCCGUCUAGUAAUCAUCGUGUGAUUGGAUCGUUUUGUGGUGGACACACAGCGGACCAGUGCAACUCGUCGCUCUUUCUCGGCUACCAGGGAACGAUACUCAAUGGAUUUGCACCGUUUGAAAUCAACUUUACUAUCAUCAACAAAUAUCCGGGAUAUGAGCCGUACGAUAGAAGACUGUAUCGGUGUGACGAGCCUCUCAAUUCGUCUGCUUGUGGGUUCGCGUGCUCGUGUACCGACUGUCCGGCCGCAUGCAUCACGCCUCCUACAAUCCCUAAGUCGUCGACAUCGUUCACGAUUGGGUCAUUGGAUGGAGCAUUGAUGAUCAUGAUUAUUGCAUACAGUGCGUUCCUUGUAUUAUUCGUUUUGUGUGUGACAAUCCGAGCGUGCUGCUCACACACAGACACGACAAUAGAUGACGAAAACAGUCCAUUGAUUCGUAACACAGAAAAAUCGGAGACGCAGCAUACGCCGUAUUCGGGCGUCCGUAGGGACCUCGAUGGUGUGACGUCACAGCAAGGGUUACGGGUUGACGAACGUGAUAUCAGCAUGAGUACCAGUGCAUCUAUCAACGGAGAAUAUGGAGACGACCACAACGUACAACGACGUGUCAACCACCACGAUCCGCAUUGUGUGACUCGUAUGGGUACAGCAGUCGAGUAUGCACUGAAAUGUUUCUUCGGUUGGUUGGGAACGUUUUGUGCUACACACCAUAAGUACGUUAUAUUUGCUUGUGUGCUUAUCGUCGCCGUUCUCGGCUGCGGCAUAACGAAACUAACAGUGACGACGAAUCCGGUUGAUCUCUGGUCGGCGCCGAACAGUCGUUCUCGAAUUGAGAAGAACUACUUCGACUCUCAUUUUGGUCCUUUCUAUCGUACAGAGCAGGUCAUCAUCCGUGCGCCGACCGUCAAGCCGUACAACUACACCGACAAAACGGGACUUCAAAGCAUCACGACAUUAUUCGGCGGCGUGUUCAACAAGAGUGUGUUGACCGAAGUCUAUUGGCUGCAACGUAACAUCACACAUCUGGUGGCCGAUGACAAUACGACGACGUUGGAUGAUAUCUGUUGGCAGCCGUUGCAUCCGGACAACGAUCACUGUGCUGUUGAGAGCGUGUGGCAGUAUUUCCAGAACAAUCUGACGCUGUUGGACAUGACGGUCGGGAACGACUUCGAGAUGUUGGCCGAUUAUCACACGCAUCUUGGUUAUUGCUUCAACGAUCCGACGUCAGUGAAUGAUACGAUAAUGCAUCAUCCGUGUUUGGCUGAUUAUGGAGGACCUGUGCCUGUCAGUGUAGCAUUGGGAGGGUACAAUGACUCAACCCUGAGCCCACCAUAUCCCGAGGCCGAUACAUUAUUUCUUACAAUUAUUGUAAACAAUCAUGUGGAAGAGUCUCGAAACAAGAAAGCAGAAUUGUGGGAAAAAAAAUUUAUUAAAUAUUUGAAGAACUACAAGAGCGAUUUGAUUACUAUAUCGUUUACAUCGGAGCGAUCGGUUACCGAUGAGAUUAAUCGUGAGAGCGCUUCAGAUAUCUCGACCGUUGCCAUCAGCUAUGCGCUUAUGUUUGCUUACGUCACAAUUUUUCUGGGUCACAUUCAAUCGUUGCGACGUGUUAUGAUUGACAGUAAGAUGUGUCUUGGCUUGGCUGGUGUGCUGAUCGUGUUGAGCGCCGUGCUCUCAUCUAUUGGCUUAUUCAGCUAUUUCGGUCAACCCGUGACUCUAAUCGUCGUUGAAGUUAUCCCAUUUCUUGUGUUAGCAGUUGGGGUUGACAACAUAUUUAUACUUGUUCAAGCGUUUCAGCGUCGUAGUAAGCCCGAUCAUACCGACCUAGCUGAACAAGUCGGCAUUGUCAUGAGUGAAGUUGGGCCAAGCAUGUUACUCACAGGGUUGUCCGAGUCAGUCGCUUUCUUUCUUGGAGCUCUAGCAACAAUGCCAGCUGUUCGAUCAUUUUCAUUGUAUGCUGGAAUGGCCAUCUUAAUUGACUUUCUACUCCAGGUGACUUGCUUUGUUGCUUUUCUCUACUUGGAUGCAAAGCGGCAAAUCGAUAGUCGACUUGAUGUUGUGUGCUGUGUUCGUGACAAAAGAGCUCCUCCACAUGAAGAAGGCUCGCGUGGUGGUGUGCUGUAUUCCUUAAUACGAGACUAUUACUCAAAGUUUGUUUUACAUGACUGUGUGAGAGCUAUUGUGAUGGCUGUUUUUGUUGGUGGAUUUGCUGCUAGUGUUGUAGCUGCGAAUCAUCUUCACAUUGGAUUGGAUCAGAAACUGUCGAUGCCGAAGGACUCAUACCUCCAAAAUUUUUUCAAAGAUCAGGCUGAGUAUGGACGAGUCGGCCCUCCAGUCUACUUUGUUGUGAAAGAUAAAAUGAAUUAUUCAAGUGUCGCUGAACAGAACAAACUUUGCAGUUUACCAGGCUGCAAUAAUGACUCAUUGACAGCACAGUUAAUGCAACAAGCAGCCAUCAAGCAUUACUCCAAGAUAGCAAAUGCUCCAAAUUCAUGGCUAGAUGACUAUUUGGUGUGGGCAAGCCCAAAUCUAAACUGCUGUCGCGUCUAUGAAAAAUUGGGGAAUUUCUGCAGCUCAUCAGUUGAUCCGCAUUCUCCUGACUGUAAGAAAUGCCUGGAUUCGUCGGACCUUGCCUCUUGCUUCAGUCCGAAACAAAAGAAAUUCUAUCAUCUUCUACACUAUUUCUUGAAGGAUAAUCCCGGCAUCAACUGUUCAAAAGGAGGGCAUGCAGCAUAUUCAAAGGCCGUGAAAUUUGAGAAAACCGAUUCUAUUGGAAGUUCUUACUUUUCGACGUAUCACACUGCACUGGCCAUUGACACUGAUUUUAUCGAUGCAUUGAAACGAGCUCGAGCCAUUGCAGACAAUCUGACAUUAGCUCUCAAUGGGUCAUCAGAGGUCUUUCCAUACUGUCUUGUGUAUGUCUAUUACGAACAAUACCUGACGAUCGUUCACGAGGCUGCUUUAAAUCUGGGACUAUGUGCUGCGGCCAUCUUCAUCAUCACAUUCCUCCUCAUGGGCUUCAACUUUCCAUGCGCCAUAAUAGUAACCCUAACCGUAGCCAUGAUUGUUGUUGAUCUGAUGGGAAUCAUGUACCUAUGGGGCAUCACCCUCAAUGCUGUAUCAGUUGUCAACCUGGUCAUGGCUGUUGGAAUUUCGGUCGAGUUUUGUUCUCAUAUUACACGGUCGUUUGCUAUUGAGCGUGGAGAUAGUCGAGUAGCAAGAGCAAGGCAUGCCCUGAUUGAUAUGGGCUCGUCUGUGCUCAGUGGGAUUACUCUGACAAAGUUUGUUGGUAUUGUCGUUUUGGCGUUUUCGAAAUCUCAAUUGUUUGAGAUGUUUUACUUUCGUAUGUAUCUGAGUAUUGUGCUGCUGGGCGCAGGACAUGGACUCGUGUUUCUUCCGGUUCUCCUCAGUUAUGUUGGACCAGCUUCAAUGUCACACUUUGAGACUUCAAAAAGACCUCUAAUAAGUUCUCUACCUCCGACUAUCGACAAGAAAAACAGAUCAGCUGUUCAUUGCCACAGACAAUCACCAGCACCGAGUACAUCAUCACCAACAACCCAAGUCACCUUCGUAUCUCAACAAGUCACACCACCAGUGGAGACCAGUCGUCUAGUGGGAAGUGCCGACAACUAACUAAUUUGUGUUAAAUAUCGAUGCUUUAAAGUUUUAUAUAUUAAUUGAAUGCAUCGGUGUGUGUUGUCUUUUCUAUGGUCAAUGUCCGGUUAUACAUUUUGCUGAUUUUAUUUCACAGAAAUUGCAAUGUGAACACGAGUGCUUUGUGCUAUGAUAUGA